CACACAGAAAUAGCAGAGGACUUCACUUGAUUACUUUAUUGCGGUGAACUUAUUAUUAGACACUUGGAGCUGAAGGCUUAAACCUGGGAAUCUGAUUUCUAGCCUUAUUCUCAGAGCAACAAACAGCUGCUGAGUAUAUUUUAUGUGAUUAGUGUCAAAGGUGUGAUGUAGCAUUUUGUUGUGAUUAAGAUUUGGAAAGUUUUUUGUUUUUUUUUCUUUUAGAAAUUAUUGUUAUAAAGCGUAAUAUGUACAAUCCGUAUUUAAAUUAUAUUUCCGCAGGCAUCUGGUGAGAGAAUGAAUGCUGAUGACUGCAAUGGACGCUCAUAUGCACAAGGUAAUGGAGGAGAGUCAUCAACUGAACAGGAUUUUUAUGGCGGGCUGCAGGGCCCUUCAGUGAGAUCUCCAAACAGUCAGCAGUCCUCACCACACCGCUCUCUUAGUGCAAACUCCAUCAAGGUAGAGCUGUGCAGCGAUGAUGAGUCAUCAGGUGCUCCACAGCCAGAGAACAAAGAUGCUGCGAGGGCCGAUAGCGGGAAAGAUGACAGGGGUGACCCCAUGGAAGAAGGGACUGCAGAGUUUGCUGGGGCUGGAAGAGACAGAGCAAACAUCUACAAUGAGAUGGCCAGUCCAAACUCUGCUUCACCCGGACCCAUCCGACUGCCUAAUGGGAAGCUCCAGUGUGAGGUGUGCGGGAUGAUCUGCAUUGGACCCAAUGUGCUGAUGGUGCACAAGCGUAGCCACACAGGUGAGCGGCCAUUCCAGUGUAACCAGUGUGGAGCUUCCUUCACCCAGAAGGGGAACCUACUGCGUCACAUAAAGUUGCAUUCAGGAGAGAAGCCUUUCAAAUGUCCCAUUUGCAACUAUGCUUGCCGUCGGAGAGAUGCCCUGGCUGGACAUCUACGCACACAUGCAGUUUCUUCUCCGACAGUGGGAAAGCCUUUCAAGUGCAGCUACUGUAGCCGCAGCUACAAACAACAGAGCACACUGGAGGAACAUCUGGAGCGCUGCCAUAGUUAUCUGAAGACUCUGGAUCACCAGACAGCCGUCAACACGCAGACAGCACAGGGUGAGGAAUCAGUAAAUAUGGAGACAAUUACAAAACCUGCACUUCAGCCAUCCAAUGAAAAAAUCCAGUUUGUGGACAGACUGGCUAUUAGUAUCACCAAACGUAAGAGGUCAACACCACAGAAGUUUUUGGGUGAAACGCACAUGCACCUUGAGCCACCUGAAGCACCUUAUGAAUUGUCCUCUGGCUCGGAGAAGGAGGGGGACCUCAUGAGCUCUCAGUCUGCUGGGGACUCAGCUGGGCUGGCUAGCUCACAUCUCCACUGCGCGAGGGGCAAAGGCGAGAACCACGAGUCGCCUGCACUGCCUCAGCUCCAUCCUGCCUUCCUGUCUGAGCUCCGCACAGUUAUGGGCUCCAUCAACAGCAACGUGACUCCUCAGGGCCCCCGAGCCCAUAGCGGAGGUGGGCUGGCAACAAUGUCUCUUGGCCUGACCGGACGGGAAGCAGGCGAAGGCCGUGAGGACCAGCCCUCAGCACACAGCCAAACCACCUCACCCAACGGCUGUCCCGACUCCACAGACACAGAGAGCACAGCAGAAGAGCAGAGCACAAGGGCUACAGCCCCGACAAGUACCUCCAACAACCACCACCUCCACUACCAAACCCCAACACUGCCCCGCAGCCAUCCCACUUCCAGCCCCAGCCAGGCCAAAGACUUGGACGCAGAGUGGGAGAGAGGAUGUCCUGUGCCCCCCACCGUAGUAAAGAGGAACCCUGGUUCACCCCUCACUUCCAGGGACACUGUGCAGGUGUUAGACAGGGAUGGUAGACCUGUGCGCUCCUUCCACUGCCGGCACUGCCGCAUCCUCUUUCUGGACCAUGUCAUGUUCACCAUCCACAUGGGCUGUCACGGCUUCCGCCAGCCAUUCGAGUGCAACAUCUGUGGCCACCGCAGCCAGGACCGCUACGAGUUCUCAUCCCACAUCAGCCGUGGAGAGCACCAGGUGGGCUGAGGAGAGGGGAACGGUUGGCUGUGUGAGGAGAGGUGACUGCUGCUCUCAAAAGUUGUGGGCUCACGUUUGUUCUGCACCAGAUCAGUUGCUUUAAAUCCCUAGUAUAAGUAAAAGAUUUGUAAUUUUAAUACGAGGAUAUUUAUUAUUCUAAGUCAGAUGUGAGAGGAGAAUCUUUUCACUGCACCAGUUAAAGUUUAGUGGAGGCAAAUUACAUUCUAUGAUUGAUUGCACUCCUUUAUCAAAUCAUUUAGCAAAACUACU